CCCGUGCCAGUGUCGGCGCCACUGGUUGAGCCGCCGCCCGCCGCCAGCACCCAGCCGGCUAAACCACCGCAGCAUCUGGGUGGAGCGGACAGAUUGGGUAGAAUCCAGCUAACCCUGAAAUACAACCAGGCCCGCUGCGCACUGGCCGUCGUCGUGCAUAAAGUCACGAACCUGCCUAUGCAGGGUGACGACAUCCCUGACCCGUACGUCAAAACGUACUUGCUGCCAGAUAGAUCGGAGAAGAACAAACGCAAAACUCAGAAAUUCAAGGACAACUGCAAUCCCGUGUAUGAGGAGACCCUGGAGUAUGAGGGAAAACUGCACGAGCUCCUGCGCACCCUGGAGGUGCAGGUUGUCAGCAAGAAGACGUUCGCCCCCAACCAGAUCCUUGGCAUGAAACAUAUUGACCUGAAGUCCUUCGACCUGGAAAACGGGAUGACUCUCUGGUUUGACCUGGAGCCUGAAGACAGGUUCGACGAAUCGGAGGCCAAGCCGUCCACCCCUGCCUACGACCCGUACAGUCGUCCCCCGGCGGCCGCCGCUCCGCCAACGGUCGCGGAGCAGCCCCAACAGAAACCACUGACGCCCCAGGAGAGUGCGGUGCAGAGCCUGAUCCAGGACCUGCUGCCGGAGGAUGUUCCCGUGCGUGAGGAUCCCCCGGGACAGGCUGCUGCGCCGAGCCAGCCACCGCCGCACCCGGCCGGCGCGGACCGUCUGGGCAGAAUUGAGCUCACCCUCCGCUACAGUCACAUGAAGGACGCACUAGAGGUCACCGUGCACAGAGUCGCGAAUCUGCCCGUGCAGGGUGACGACAUCCCUGAUCCUUACGUCAAGACCUAUCUGUUACCGGAUAAAUCGGAGAGCAACAAACGAAAAACGGAGAAAUUCAAGGACGAGUGUAAUCCCGUUUACGAAGAGACGUUCGAAUACAAGGGGAAACAGAGUGAUGUCGGCAGUCGCACUCUCGAGGUUCAGGUGGUCAGCAAGAAAACAUUCGGCUGGAACCCAGUCCUCGGCAUGAAACACAUUGACCUGCGCGGAGUGAACCUGGAGGCGGGAACCACCGAUUGGUUCGACCUGGAGCCAGAGGAGCGGUUCGACUCGUAAGCGACACGCUCCUCUCCGAGCUGCAGUUCUUUAACCACCGACUGAAUUCCCUUAUUCACCGCCGUCGGCAGGCGGGGAGAACCGCGCCCUGUUCGGCUGAUUAGUGCUUUAUCUGUCCGUCACAAGCGUGUAGGCUGUGCUGUGGACUGAGGAGUCUGGUCCCUCACUAUCUUGGUUGGACGUUGGUUUUUUAACUCUGCUGCUUUUCUCCUGGUUGGCUUGUGUGCGCGCGAUGUGACUUUUGUUGGUUCUGUUGUCAGAGUAAUGUCAAAGGUCGCAGAAACAGAGGUCGAUCUGUUUUGCUCCCUUUGCUUUGAAGGCAGGGGUCAGCUGAGCAGCAGCCCAGAUAUCCCUUCUUGGGUCCCUAACGGUCCUGUUUCUCUCAUGGUGGCAGUUUUCUGGAUACGACUGAUACACAUCAGGGUGAUAAUUCUGGCUGUCCGUACCGAGUCACUGGUUGUUAGUUGUUACUGAAUAAUGCUGUCUGUGAUCCUGGUUGUUGCAAACGAUGUUACGAAGCAAUAUCAUGUGCUUGGACAGUAAUUUAACCGAUGCAUCAUAUACAUGCAAUGCAUUCUGUUGGCUAUUGCUAUUGCUGUUGCCCUGGGAUGUUUGCUCCUCUUACGAUGAUGGAGUUUGUCUCACUUCUCUUGAAUCUACUUACCUUAUCAGUGACAUAAUGGCAUUCGCGUUGCCAUAGUUAUGGUCUAUACUAGUCUGAGAUGGAGCGGCACGUCGUUGCUACCGCUCUGCUAUGUGGUGUGUUCGGACUGAAUGGUGGACAGAUCUGUAUGGAAGAGGCCAACCAGACUCUCUGCUUGGGUUUGCUGUCAACUAAUAGACUUGUAAUGUUCCUUGCUUUGUCAUAAUAUA